AUGUCACUGCUGAUAGUGUUACAACUGCUACGGUCCGAUCUCGACCCUAUUCAUCAAUCACUACUAGAAAAUGAUCAAAAUUUAAGAAACCUUGCUGAAGAUUAUCUUCAAGAUCUUUUAAUAAAUGAUGAAUUAUUAUCAACAGAUCAUUUCACUACGACAAAUUCUCCUAAGAAAUCAAUUAUUGAGGAAAUUGCUGAGCUUGAUUCGCAAAAAUUCCAAAUCAAUCAAGAAUUAAGUUCUAUAACUGACUCCAAUAAAGAUUUAAUUAUUGAUGUAAAUAAUGAUAUUAAUGAAAUUCAUGGUAAUUUAACUAAUGAUUAUGUCAACUCAAUUGAGUCAUUGUUGAAGAGUUUAAAUAUUGAUCACACUCAUAUUCAACAUGUGUCAAAUAAAUACGAAAAAAUACUAUCUAACAUGGAUUCAAUAUUAGAUAUAUUGGAAUUACCUGUAUUAUGUAGAUUAUUUAUCUUACAAGGUAAUUAUCAAGAAAGUUUAGAAAUUUCAACAUUCAUAAAAUCAUUAAUUAUAAGAUUUCCUAAAAUCAAAAUUUUUAAAGUCAUCAAUAGUUCAAUUGAAGUAGAAUUGAAUAAAAUGUUUAAUGGAUUAAUAAAAUUAUUAAAUACAAAUUUAAAACAAUCAAAUUUAUUUAAAAUUUUUCAAAUAUUAAAUAAAUUAGAAACAAAUUCAAAUAAUGAUCAAUUUUUACAUUCUAUUUUUUUAAAUAGUAGAUUCAAAUUAAUUAAUAAUGAAAUUUCAAGUUUAAAACCAAUAUUAAAAUUUAAUAAAGUAACUUAUUUGAAAAGAUAUUUAGAAACUUACAGAGAAUAUUUAUAUUCUUCAUUGUCAUUAUAUUAUUCAAUUUUUAAAAAUAAUAUUAAAGUAAUUUUAGUAAAUCAAUUUGUAACCAGUUUAAUACAUCAAUUAUGUAAAGAAAUGGAAUUAUAUUUCCCCAAAAUUGAAGGAGAUAAUGAUGAUAAUCAAAAUAAUGAUGGAUUAAUUUUACAAUUGAUAUAUAUUAAUAAAUCAUUAGCUAGUUUCCAAUUCGAAUUUGAACCUUUAAUUUUGUUGAAUCUAUGUUAUCAGAAUGAAUUGUUUACCGAAGACGAUUGGGUAAGGAAUCUAUCAAAAACAAAAAGAAAGUAA